AUGAAUAAAAAUGAUUCUAAAGGUGACAUAUUUUAAAGACAACAAAUUUAAUCUAUAAUCGAGUUACUCUAAAAGUUGAUUUCUAUUCUAAAAAAUUUCAAUGAAAAUAGCAUAAAUGAAUUGUUGAAGUUUAUAUUUUUAGUAUCUAAGGAAAUUCCAGAACUUGAAUAAUUAAAUGUUGAAAUGGAUGAAGAGGAUUAAUAUUAGAUGUUUCAAGAAUUGAAUCUAACAGAUAAUGAAAUUAUAUAGUUAAAUUUUUCUAAAUAUGAACUUCUUUAAAUAGUUGAACAUGUUGAAGAAAAGUAUAAAUAGACUAAAGAAUAAUUGGAGUAAAUCUUACCAUAGUUUGAAAAAGCUUAGGAGAGCCUUAAAUUAUCAAUAAUUGCAAAGGAGGAAGAAAAUAAAAUGCUGAAUAAAUAAAUUGAAGAAUUAGUUGCAGAAAUUGAUCGAUUAAGUAUCAUCAAUACUGACUAAUAAACUAUUCUAAAUUAAAUUAGUGAAUAACAUCAAUGCAAUCCAGAUCAUAGUUAAUUGUUGCAGUAUUUACAAAGGCAACAUAGCGUUAUAUAGGAAUAGGAACAUGAAUUAGAAGAAUUGCGUAAGAUCUUUGCUAAAAAACAAUUAAAUAAUAUCUUUUAAGACAAAGAAAAUUAUACUAAUGUUUAAACAUUAGAAAGCAGAAUAUUUAUUUAUUCAGAAAAAUUAAAAGAAUUAAAUUAAUUGGUUCAAACACUACAAAAAGAUUUGGUCAAAUUAGAAAUUUAAAAAUCUUUAGUUGAGAAGAAAUUAGAAGAAACAACCUAACAAAAAGAUUCAGAAAUACAAAAACUUAAAUUAGAAAUUGAUGACAUCUAAUUACAGAACCAAAAACUAUAAUCUGAAAUAAAUACAAGAUCUAAAGUUCUUUCGAUUGAUUCCUAAUCAUCUUAACAUUUAUUGGCUUAGGAACUUUAAGAGAGUCAUGUAAAGAUUCAGAAUUAUGAAAAGAAUACUGAUGGAAUGUAAACAAAUGCAGCAUAUCUAUCAUAAAUUGAAGAACACUUUUUAGCCGAAAAGGAACAGUAUCAUUAAAUAAUAUAUAAUUUGAUGGCUGAUUAAAAAAAAUAGGAAAAACUGUAUAAUGAUUUGCAGAAAGAAAAUAAUUAAAUUUAGCAAAAUUAUCAACAUUUGUUAAAAAUAAAAUAUGAAACAGGAAACCUGACUCCUAAAAUUAAGAAAUUAGAACUCUAAAAUGAAUUACUUAAAAAAAUAGUGGAUGGGUUUAUUUAGACAAAUAGUUAAUCUUGA